GGAGGACUUCCGGCGUCUGCGUCAUGACGUCGGUGGCGGGAGUUGUGACGCGGCGUUUCCUUGUUUUCAACGCAGCGCGGGAGAUCGUGAAGGAGGAGAAGACAGCUGGGACAAGGACAAGAGGAGGAAACAAGUUUGUGGGGGAAUAAUCAAAAUGCCGUGUGAGAGGAAGCCGAUGCGCUACGGUCACUCCGAGGGACACACCGAGGUCUGCUUCGAUGACGACGGGAGGUUCAUCGUCACCUGUGGAAACGAUGGAGAUGUCAGGAUAUGGGAAAGUCUGGACGACGACGACCCGAGGUUCAUCACCGUCGGAGAAAAGGCGUAUUCUCUGGCACUGAAGAAUGGUAAGCUGGUGACGGCGAGCUCCAACAACACGGUGCAGAUCCACACGUUUCCCGAUGGCGACCCAGAUGGAAUCCUGACCCGGUUCACCACCAACGCCACACACGUCACCUUUAACAGCAGCGGCUCGAGAGUCGCCGCCGGAUCCAGCGACUUCAUGGUUAAGGUGGUGGAGGUGUCGGACAGCAGCCAACAGAAAACGCUGCGGGGACAUGAAGCGCCUGUCCUCAGUGUCACCUUUGACCCCAAAGAUGAUUUUCUGGCGUCUUCCAGCUGUGAUGGUUCUGUCGUCGUCUGGAACAUCGAGGAGCAGACUCAGGUGAUCAGUUGGCCUCUGCUGCAGAAGACCAACGACAUCAGUAAUGCAAAGUCUCUGUGUCGGCUGGCGUGGCAGCCCAGGACGGCUAAGUUUCUAGCGGUUCCUGUUGACACUAAGGUUCACCUGUACGAGCGAGGGUCCUGGGAUCAUGUGACCACUCUGUCUGACGAUCUACUCACUCAGUCGUGGACAGAGAGAGCGAAAGGCCAAACUGGAGACGCAGCAGAUCUGAAGAAGAGGAAAAGAGCAGGAGGUGGAGAAGAUGUGGAAAAUGAAACCGGACGAGAAGAAGCAGAGGAAAACGAUGCCAAGAAGAAAAAGUCUUUGGAUUCUGCCUCCAAACUUUCAGCAUUCGCGUUCAACAAAAAUUAA